AUGUUGAACCUGUUCGACUCGCAAGCGACGAAUCGCCUGCGAGGAUAUGCGUUUACCCCCAGUGCGCCCGAGGAAUCUGGCAAACACCUGCCACUCUACGGUCCCGAGGCCGGCAACAGCAGCAGCAGAAAAGUUCACAGGCUCUUGCACGUCGCCACCCAGAGAAAGAUCUUCAGGAUCAUCUGUCUUCUUCUCCUGAUUGGUGUGCCCUACGCCCUGUUCACCUCUUGGAGCUCAACGGCGGCUACCGUGGCAACCGGAGCCAAGCCCUACGAAAAAUCGGCAGCGUCCGAAAUCAAGAGCUGGUUGUACGGACACAAGUCUGCCAAGACACCAGAAAAGCCAGCACCGGUGAUCAGCGAUGCGAAUCUCGACGACAGCCAGUGCCCCGGCGUACUCCAGGGCGGCGCAGAAGCCAUUCUCUGCCACGUCGAGCUUGCGCAGCGCAAAUUCGAUGCCAUGCUUUCCAGACAGUCCAAGACAUACGAGCAGGCGGUCGCUCGCUAUGUACACCAGUACAAGCGACAGCCGCCUCCGGGAUUUGAGGAUUGGUUCAAGUUUGCCCAGCAGAACAAUGCCGCCAUCAUCGACGACUACGGCCAGCUGGAAAAGGAUCUCGCGCCGCUGCGUCUCAUUCCCGGCCACGUCUUGCGCCAACGCAUCAAGAACGCGCUCGAUAGCAAGGAAAUUGUCAUGUACAAGUGGGACUUUGUCAACGGAACGCUCAGCACCUCGGCGCCCGACGGCUGGGAGAUGGUCCAGUCGUAUCGAGACAUCAUGGCGCCCUUCUUGGACAAGCUGCCCAACUUUAGCUUGUUGCAGAACUGGGACGACAACAUGAAAGUCUGCGGCCCGACCGCGCGCGAAGAGGAUAUCAACGAGACCAAAGUAAACGUGGUGUACAACAAUGGCAUCCCGAAUGCGCGCGACUAUCUCACCCAGAGCUGCCCGCGAUACACGGGGACCGACUCGGCCGUCACCAGCGACCGCCCCUCGGUCGACAUGUGCUCGCAGUUCGACGACUUGGAGAACAAACACGGCCUGGCGCACAUGUACGGCGCUUGCUUCAACUCGAGCAUCCCCGUCCUCUCGACGACAAGAAUCUCGACCUUCCAAGAUAUCACCACCGCUUCUUGGUGCUACGGCGACCGGAACUAUCGUCUCACCGACACCAACAGGGACGAGAUCCCCUAUGCGCAAAAGAAGAACGCCAUCUACUGGCGUGGGAGCAAUACGGGCAGCCGGUCCAACUUGCAGUUCUCGUUCCAGACCCAGCGCGCGCGUCUGGUAAUGAUGGCGCAUCAGAUGAAGCUCAAAGCCACCGAGCUGGCUGCACGUGUCCCGGGGGCGGCCGAUGGAGAAGUGGCGCAGCCCAGCUUCACCCCUGCCGACUAUACGCGCGUCGGCCUGCCCAAUAUGCCAGCGACGUUCAGCGAGGCGCAGCUGUCGGCACUCUCGAGGCUCGGCAAGGACGCGAUCGACAUGAACUUUGUCAGCCUGCACUACUGUGACCAGCUGCCCAAGUUCUGCGACGAGUGGAAGGCGACCAUCCCGCUGGCCGCGCGCCAGCCGGUAAAGACGGCGUUCGAGAACAAGUUUGUCAUGGACCUCGACGGAAACUCGAUGUCCGGGCGCUUCUAUCGCAUGCUGGAGAGCAACAGUCUGGUGUUCAAACAGACCAUCUACAUCGAGUGGCACGACGACCGCAUUGUGCCCUGGCUCCACUACGUGCCUGUCCACAUCGGCUUCGAGGAGCUGCCGAUGCUGAUCGAUUUCUUCGCCAACCAUGCCAAGGGCCAGCAGCUGGGGCAGAGGAUUGCAGACGCGUCCAAGCAGUGGGCGGGCACUGCGCUCAGGAAGAUUGAUCUGUCCGUGUACACGUACCGCCAGAUGCUCGAGUUGGCCCACAUCAUCGGUCACGAUUAA